CAGCUCACGUUAGCAGAGGCCACAAGCGAAACAGUGCCUCGAGCUUUUAAAAAAAUGGAAAACCCUGCCACUGCGCUCUGCGCUCUGCGCUCUCUGUCCUCUGUGGCUGUGUCUGGUGAACGGUGAUGGUGGCAGAGCGGGGUGUGAGGUGAACCCCACCUACGUUGUCACGAGCCCACUCUCACCACCUACCACUCACCACCACUAAAUAAACAAAUAAAUAAAACUCCCCUGUUCCGACGCUUCUACAGUUCGGAAAUCGCCUCUGUAGAACGACGGGGAUAUCCCUUCCACGUAAACUGGGGUUCUGUUUCUUUUCUUUUUCUCAAGUUGGAGGUGUGCGUGGUUUUUUAGGUUUGGUUUCUUUGUUAAUUCCUGAGUAACAAAGGAGUUGUUAGGCAUGCAUUAUAACGUAGGACAAGGAGGAGUAUAAAAGGACACAAAUUUCUCUAUUUUCAAGACCAUCUUUCUGAACUGCAACUGUGAGGCAACCCCAUAUAUCCACUCAUGCUUGGGACCCUUAUAACCUCUUCCUUUACUUGACUCAAAAGUUCCAAUGCUUAUUUUGAAGGAAUGAGGAAGGUAAACAUUAGCUGCUGUUUGUGUAUCCAAUGAUUGUGGCAUGCCCCUUUUCCCUCUUCUUGUUCGAGCUUGCAAUUUCCACAAGAAAGCUGGGCAAAGGAAGAGUGGAAGAAUAUAGAAAGAGAAGAAGAAGAGGUUGCCCAGAAAACGAAACGAAGAACAAAACGUAUAGGAAGAGUAGCAAUGUCGGGAAAGGCUUUAUUUCUGCUGAUCUGCUGUGAGCACAGAGUCCGAAUCUGUUUUAAUGAUAAAAAAAAGAAAAGAAAAUGAGCUUAGGUUGAAAACUUUGUGAAUGAAUGUGUUUGAAGUGAAGUUGAGUGUAGAGUAUGUGUUUGAAUAUCUCUGUCUCUCUCCUACGUAGUGCUCACGUGGGGUCUGAGAUGGUUGCUUCCAUCGUGCUUUUCGCUUCUUUCUUGCUCUCUUGCUUGCUUUCUUUCUUUCUUUGCUCUGCAAUGCAGUGGGUGGAGUGGUGAGUCACCAGCGCAGGGGCAGCGGCAGAGACCCAGAGAAGGCAAAGACAAAAAUCACUGAAAGAUCCACACACGCAUCCACAUGGGCUUCUCACUCCUCCAAAAUUCUCCCCCCCUUCAACUCCUUCUACUCAAACUCAUCACAGACGCCUUAAAUUUUGCUAAAUGGGUUCGUACAAAACAGACACUCCCAUAUGGCCAUUUCAGAGCAGCCUUUUUCACCUUUACCAUUACCAUUGCCAUUACUGCCUCCCAUGAGUGUCAAACCUGUAAUUUCCCUCCCUUUCCUCCUCUUCCCCUUUCCAUCUCCCCCUCUGUUUUCCCUAUUGCCUACAACCAAUCUUCCUCUUUUGAACCCCAUCAUCAUUAUUAUUACUCUUUUAACCUCCCAUCCUCCAACCCCAUUUCAAAUGAAGCUCCAUUUUAUCAUGGGAUGUAGGAGCCUGUUCUUUCUUUUGCCUCACUCGUAAUCUGUCCGUGUCAGGGCGUCUUAUUUACCGCCCCCCCUCCUCCUCACUAUCUUUUCUUAAUUUGCUUCCCCUUCGUACAACUCCAUCCAUCAUUUUCCGCUUCUCACUAUUUUCUCUCUGCAACUUCUGGUGUUUCAUAACUGUACUUGGUACCAGAAGUGACAACACACUAUUCUCUUUCCCUUAUGUUUACUUGAUUUGUGCCCUGUCACUGCUUGCUUUCCCAUUUCUGUAAUUCACCUCCUGCACUCUUCCUUGCUUCCCCCAAUGGCUACUCCUACUCGCCCAGCAUCCUCUUCUUCAAUUCCAUCUCUCCCGCCCCCAUAUCCCAAGUCGCCUCCUCAGUAUCCAGAUUUGUAUGGAAAGCGCCGACAAGCUGCCAAGGUUCAGAUGCUCGAGAGGGAGAUUGGUUUCCUCGAGGAAGAAUUGAAGUCUACCGAAGGCCUUCCACCUGCUUCUAGAUGCUGCAAAGAGGUAGCUGACCAUGUGAUCGCCAACUCAGAUCCCUUGAUACCAACAUACAAGAAGCAUCGCCGCAGAUGUCAAUUUUGGAAAUGGCUUUGUGGAUUCCCCUGUUGUAAAUUAUCCUGGAUUUGCUGUUGCUGUUAUGCUGGAUGCUCGAUCCAUCUUGAAAUCCCACCCUGCUGCAACUGUAAUAAUCCAUGUAAAUGCCUAUCAUGUGGCAGCUGUAAAUUACCCAAGUGGCAGUGUUGCAGCGGGUGCGGGCAGUGUGGGAAUUGUUUCACUUGUCCAACGCUACUCCGAUGCUCGUGCUGUUGUCCAACGCUACCUGGAUGCUCGUGCUGUUGUCCAACCAUCUCAUGCAGCCAAUGUUGUAGCAGUUGUUCAUUACCUUCCUGCUCCUGCCCUGAAUGCCCUUGCUGUGAAUGCAAAUGCAAAUGCAAAUGCUCAUUAGGAAAAUGUCCAAAAAUACAACCUUGUUGCUGUUUUGGUAGCAGCAGCAGAGGCUGUUGUGGGUGUGGGUGUACUGGAAACUGCUGCUGUAAUCCAUGCCAUUUGUGUUGCUAGCCAGAGACCACUGCUCACUCCCUUAGUUAACCUGUAUCUCUUUGGGAAGCUUCGAGCAGUUCAGUUAUGGAAUGUGAACCAGUCCCGAGAAUGUAAAAACUAAGGUACAGUGUUCGCUGAGGAAGUUAGUGGGCGAGACAAAAAUGCUUAGCAACUGAGCUGUAACUGUAACUGCAACAACAGUGAGAAGAACGAAGCAUCCUAAGCUCCUCGCCUGCACGAACUGGGAGAGGGUCAGCUCAGGUCCAUAAAAGCGUCAGUUUGGUAAUGGAGAAGGAAGGGGCGGUCCCAUGCCACUGCCACUGCAAUAUCAUAAUAAUCAAUUUUUUUUUACCAAACAGUAUUAGUUGAUUGUAGAGGCCGUUUCUGGAUGAAUGAAAUCAAUAAUAUUCAAGACU